GGCUGCCUCCUUCCGCUCCGCCAACUUCCGGCUUCUGGCCGGCUGCGGGUGAGUUUCUCCCUACACACGUGACAGGGGGCUGUUCCCCAUUGGUUGUGGCGGCGGGGGGCGCGCGGGGCGGGCUGGCGCGCGCUCGCGGCCACGUCCGCGUGGAGGUGUGAGGGCGGCGCCGCCAUGGCGGGCCUGCUCAGAAGAUGGCGGCUCCCGGCCCGCACCGCCGGCCUGCUGAGGAGAUGGCGCAGCUGCGGGCCCCGGCAUGGCGGCCCGGGCAGAGCCAGGCGGCUGCUGCUCUCACAGCUCUUCCAGCCCCUCAACCUGCAGGUGGGCGGCGAGGCGGGGUUGGAGGGCAGGCCCGGGGAGCCCCUCUGCCGGAGCCAGAAGCUGAUGCUGCAAGGGGGGCUGAUCCACCCCGCCAGCCCCGGCUGCUACUACUACCUGCCACCCACCGUCCGCGCCAUGGAGAAGCUUGUCAAGGUGAUGGACGAGGAGAUGCAGGCCGUGGGGGGGCAGAAGCUGAACAUGCCCAGCCUGAGCUCAGCGGAGCUGUGGCGUGCCAGUGGCCGCUGGGAGCAGAUGGGGCCGGAGCUCUUCCGGCUGGCGGACCGGCACGGCAAGCGCUAUUGCUUGGGCCCCACGCAUGAGGAGGCGGUGACGGAGCUGGUGGCCGCUCACAGCAACCUGUCCUACAAGCAGCUCCCGCUGCGCCUUUACCAGGUAACCAGGAAGUUUCGGGAUGAGCCCAAGCCCCGCUUCGGCUUGCUGCGUGGGCGGGAGUUUUACAUGAAGGAUAUGUACACCUUUGAUGCCUCUGAAGAGGCAGCUCGGCAGACCUAUGACCUCGUGUGUGACGCCUACUGCAGCCUCUUCGACCGGCUGGGCCUUCCCUUCGUCAAAGUGCGGGCAGCCACGGGCAGCAUUGGAGGCACCAUGUCCCAUGAGUUCCAGCUCCCGGCAGAUGUCGGUGAGGACAGGCUGGUGCUGUGCCCUGACGGACAUUUUGCAGCCAACGUGGAAACGCUAAACGGGGAACAAACAUCUUGCCCCACAUGCAGGGAAAAACUCACCCAGACCAGAGGGAUCGAAGUGGGGCACACGUUUUAUCUGGGGACCAAGUAUUCCUCUGUUUCCAAUGCUGUCUUCCUCUCCCCCGAGAACAAACCCCAGCUGGCAGAAAUGGGUUGCUACGGCCUGGGCGUCACUCGCAUCCUGGCAGCCUCCAUCGAGGUGCUGUCUAAGGAGGACAGCAUCCGUUGGCCGAGCCUCAUUGCGCCCUACCAGGUCUGCUUCAUUCCCCCCAAGAAGGGCAGCAAGGAGGAGGAGGAGGGAGCUGCGCUGCUGGAGCGGGUGUACGAUGACCUCACCGAAGCGCUGCCCCACCUCGCCGGUGACUCGGUGCUGGACGACAGGACGCAGCUGACCAUCGGCAAAAGGCUAAAGGACGCCAACAAACUGGGUUAUCCCUACGUGGUCAUAGCCGGGAAAAGGGUUUGCGAGGACCCCCCGGUCUUUGAGGUUUGGAAUCAGAACACCGGCGAGGUUUUGUUCCUCACCAAGGAAGGUGUCAUUGAGUUGAUGAGUAAAGUGCAAGUCCCUUAAACUCCCUGUCUCUGAAUUUCUCAUCUUUGCUGCACUAAGUUUAUCUGAAGAGCCUCGGUU